AUGAUUCCCCAGGUGGAGAGAGAUCCGUCUAUUCAAAUUCGUCUCCCGGAAAGCGGCUGCUCUACUCCAUCUCCGCCUGCUUCGCCUCUUCUCUGCCGGAGCCGUUCAAAAUCCUCCGUACAGCCGAAUCGGACUCUCCCUCACCGCGUCUCUUGGUUCCUCUUAUCGCUUCUUCUCCGUCGUCAGGGGAUUCUACUAGUCGCUCCUCUCAUCUACAUCUUCUGUAUGCUGUUUCACAUGCGCACGGCGUCGUUUGAUCCCGGUCCCUUCAUCAACCGCCGCCCCGCGCCUGGAUCCGUUUACAGAAGCCCGCAGGUUUACGCUAAGCUGCAAGCGGCGAUGGUUGCUGAUAACGCCACGGCUGAUGCGAUAUCAACAAUUUGGAAACGUUCGUAUAAAGGUGUGGAGUGGAAGCCAUGCGUCAACAAGUCUAGUGGAGUUUUGCCUGAGUCAAAUGGUUUCAUAUUCAUUGAGGCAAAUGGAGGUUUGAACCAGCAGCGAACUUCGAUAUGCAAUGCGGUUGCUGUGGCAGGCUACCUUAAUGCGACUCUUGUGAUUCCCAACUUUCACUAUCACAGCAUAUGGAAAGAUCCGAGUAAAUUUGGGGAUAUCUAUGAUGAGGAAUACUUUGUCACUACCUUAGCAAAUGAUGUGCGGGUAGUCGAUACAGUUCCUGAGUACUUAAUGGAGCGUUUUGACUAUAACUUGACCAAAGUGUACAACUUCAGAGUUAAAGCAUGGGCACCCACUCACUAUUACCGGGACUCUGUCCUGCCAAAGCUACUUGAAGAAAAGGUCAUAAGAAUAUCCCCAUUUGCAAAUAGACUUUCGUUUGAUGCUCCGAGACCUGUCCAGAGAUUUCGAUGUUUGGCCAAUAAUGUCGCUUUGCGGUUUGCAAAACCCAUAUUGACCCUAGGAAAAACACUGGUGAAUAAAAUGAAAGAGCUUAGUGCAAACAACGCCGGGAAGUACGUUUCUGUGCAUCUUCGUUUUGAAGAGGAUAUGGUAGCUUUCUCUUGUUGUGUAUUUGAUGGCGGCAACCAAGAAAAACAAGACAUGAUUGCGGCGAGAGAACGGGGGUGGAAAGGGAAAUUCACAAAACCUGGCCGCGUGAUACGACCCGGAGCUAUCAGGCUCAAUGGGAAAUGCCCUUUAACUCCUUUAGAGGUGGGUUUGAUGCUUAGAGGAAUGGGAUUCAACAAAAGCACAUAUAUAUACCUGGCCUCUGGGCCGAUAUAUGGUGCAAAUAGAACUAUGGCUCCACUACUGGAGAUGUUCCCGAAUCUACAGACGAAGGAGAUGCUUGCUUCUGAGGAAGAACUUGCUCCUUUUAAGAACUUCUCCUCGAGAAUGGCUGCACUAGAUUACACAGUGUGUCUCCACAGUGAAGUAUUUGUGACAACACAAGGAGGAAACUUCCCUCAUUUCCUCAUGGGGCAUCGGAGGUACCUGUUUGGAGGACAUUCAAAGACGAUUCGGCCUGACAAGAGAAAGUUAGCCGUACUCUUUGACAAUCCCAAGUUGGGAUGGAGAAGUUUUAAACAUCAAAUGCUAAACAUGAGGUCUCAUAGCGACUCCAAGGGAUUUAAGCUGAAACGAGCUAGUGACUCCAUUUACAUAUUCCCUUGCCCUGACUGUAUGUGCCGCAAGAACAAAACCACGGCAACCACCACAUGACCACAUUGUUGCCAGAGAUUAUGGAAUCUGGUACAUUAUUUAAUUCAUUGUAUUGGUAAAUUCUUUUAGUUUGCUACAUCCAAACAGAGCGAUAGAGAGAGGGGGGCCUCCUAAGAAUUCUCCAUGGGUGAGAUUUUUUUUUGACAAGUUGAAGUUGAUGUAUCUAAAUGAGUUAGGGUAGAAGAAACCUGUCCAAAAAGUUUUGUACAUUAACUGACGGGUUCCUUGUUUUUUCCUCUUAUAAAUUCUUUGAAUGAGCUUUUAAAUU